ACAGACCCCGUGUCGUCGGUUCCUCCUCUUCCUCCUCCUGCAGCAGCAGCAUGGCCGCUCCGGGGAGCGGCGGGGGCUCGCGCCUGCUGGUGCAGUAUGUGGUGGUGCGCUCGGAUCUGCUGCACAGCCUGUCCUGGCCCCUCGGAGCUGUCAUCACCCAGGCCUGCCACGCAGCUACCGCCGCCAUACACCUGCACUACAGCGACCCCGACACCCAGGAGUACCUCACCCACCUCGACACCAUGCACAAAGUAGUGCUGCAGGCCCCAGAUGAGACAUGUCUCUCCAGUUUAUCAGCAACACUCAGUGAAAAGGGCAUUGCUCACAAACUGUGGAUGGAACAGCCUGAGAACAUUGCCACUUGCCUGGCCUUGAAACCUUACCCAAAGGAGACUGUACAGCCUUUCCUCAAAAAGCUCAAGCUUUUCAAAUGAUACAGCCACACAAAUAGGACGUUAUCGUUCAGCUUUGUCUUCAGUCCACUGUGCAUGAGCAGUAACAUCGGACUGCUGCUGCCACAUGGGGUAGUAAUUCAUCUUGUUAUAUAACUCUUCAUAUACCAGGAGCUUCCAGUCCUCAUGUUCAUCUGCUUGGGCUCUGUUGCCAGUUUUACUGGAGGAUGUCACUGCCUCAUACUUGAAAUCCUGCAUUAAUACAAUAAGUAAAUAUGUGGUCAAUUUGAAUAAACCAUCAAACACAUCAUGUGUGACCAACAAGAAGAACUUGGUGACCCUUAACUAAAAAGCAUCAAGCUGUUAAAAAGAGUGAUUAUACUGAAGACAAUAAAACAUGGUGUCCUGUUUA